AUGGCGCCGCUUGAACACGGACAAGUUGUCAUCAAUCUCUGCGAUGAUGACGAUGACCUUCCGCCUCCGAGGAAGUCUGCCUCUACACACAAAGCAGUCGUGAAUCGGCCAAAGGAAUCCCGCCCGCACCCCAAUUCCAAGGUCAUUGACCUUUCGAAGAGCCCGGAGAGGGACCUUUUGUCACAUGACAGACGACGUGAUUUUCAGUCCUCCCCUCAGGCAUCUGACGCUAGUCUGCAAGUUCCACCUCGCAAGCGGGCAGCUCGCUCUUCACCGUCAUCGAAGAGCCCAGAGCGAUCUAACGGUAGCACCAGCAGUCGCAUGGGCAUUGUUUCGAAGGAUCGCACAACUUCAAAAUCUGGGCUGUCAUUCAAGUCCAGCUCCAGCCCAAACCCGAUGGCUGACAACGGAUUUGGUGAAAACCUGAAGAACCAGAAGCGCGCAAGAGAGAAUGAGGACGCUUCAUCUGACAGCGGGCGACCUGGCAAGCGACAGAGAUCUGUCCAUGUCCACAGCGGUAGCGCACACGGUUCCCAAGAAAAUCCUCGAACGCCAACACCUGGGAAGGUGCCUUUAGCCUCGACAAAGCAGACUAGUGGAGAUGUUGUAGAUCUCACGAGUGAUGCAGAAGAGCAGAUCUCGAGAACAACGAGCACACCAGUGCGACCUACCGGAACCGCAGUGAAUAGACGGCGCGAGAUAUUGGCAAUUGGUAACGGCAAGUCUGGCGAACAUGCGUCAUCGCAGCGACAAAAAGCAGAGUCAGCGAGAGAGUCACCCAAAAAGAGGAUAGGGCAUGAGGCGGGCAAGCUGUUGGCUAACAACGUGCUCUCCAAUCCGAGAUCGUCACCACUGCGGAAGGUGUCUCGACCUGGUGUCCCACAAAGAGACGGCAGUGAAGGUACCGCGAUCGACGAGCGAGGGCUGGAAAUUCCAGAAAGCCUACCAGGCUCUCCUGAGACAGACAAGCCUGCGGAGAAGCGAGGCGGGCGAGAUGCUGUUAGGAACCCAGGGAACCCCCGCGCGUUACGAGAAUCUGUAUCCCCGUUCAGGGCCGCAUCCAGCGCCGCGGCUGGAUUGUUAUCUGAACCUCACCACCUGGGGCCAAUGACCUGGCGCAAGAACAGGGCUUUGCCUCUGACGCCUUCGGAAUCAAGCGCCGAUGAGGAUGUCCGCAAUAAGGAACGCUCUGUCAAGAAGACCGCUUCUCCUGCGAAACCAUCGUCAACUCGUGUGCCGCAAAGUACACAAUCACGUCUGGACGGGGCCCAUCGCACUGCUUCGCCUCGUCAAGAUCAGUCGAAGUCGGUGGCUGCGCAGGAGUCGCAACCUGCACUGACGCCAUCACUCAACACAAAAAACUCCAUUCCGAAGUCGCAAUUAUUCAACACCGCCAGAGAAAGUCACAAAGUGUCUUCCACGAACCAGUCUUUGACAAACCCAGCAAAUAACACUUCAAAGCCGCAAGGCAAACAAGGCGUGUCUCAACCCGCUGAAGCACGUGCAAGACUACAGCAGAAUCAGAAGACAAAUGACACUUCAGACUCGAAUGUUACUGGCCGGUCUUCAGUUCUACACACACCAGGCAUGAGCACUUUUAAAAUGGCUGAGCGAGCAGUCGGGCAUUGGCUUGGUCAGUUGCAGCACGACAAUGAGUACUGGACGCGAACAGAGCUGCAACGCGCGCGCCAUGCAUGUGAAGGCAGGCUGUCUACGACACCGAUUGAGCCGACAUCAGUCUUUAGCAAGAUGACACCGCUCGCGGUCAAAUCAAAUGACAGGAAGAAGGCAGAUAAACCGCAUGCGAAGUUUGAGAUUGAGAUUGCACGCAGUGUCAAGAAGUCUGCCUGGACGACGCCUUACACUACUUUCGAUACGGAUCAGGAGGACGUGCCAUCCUACUCGCACUUUGUCAUGCUCAAGCACAACUUUUUGGCACCAAAUGAAACAACUCUGCAACACUGGCCGUACUUUGACGACGAGACCAACAGCCGACCACAGCUUGCAGAGCAAUUCAAUACUCUCUACAGUCUCGACAUCACAGAUCGAGAGAAGAAGCUUCUCCUCCUAAUGAAGGCCGAGAUCUAUGCUGAGCACGCCGAGCGGAUGUUGCAGGACGUUCAAUGCGAAUGGGCAGAUGUCCUACACUUCUUUCUAGAUCCUGCUCCUGAGCUGGGGGAUGAUGCCGAUGCUAAGAAAGCUCUGCAGAGCCGUGACACCGCGUCCGACGUUAAGGCGUUUCGCGAAAGCAAGCGCUGGGCAGCGGUGCUUAGCAAGCUGCCUAAGGCUUCUCCUGCAAAUACUGGCAGAGCUGGUCUCCUCUGCGAGCAGUUCUAUAAGCUUGCGGGGCUCAGCUUUUGGCAUGUUGUUAGGAGGAGCGAUUACACCAAAUCGCUUUUAGAGGAAGAGACACCGGAGGACAGCCUAGACAAACUUACUUGUCGUGUCUGCAUGCGCCUAAGCUGCCCAUAUCACGGAGAGAUUGAAAAUCCCGACGACGACAGCGAAUCAGACGUCAGCUCAGAGCACUCGGCAGUUGAGAAGGACAUCAUCAAUCCUAAGAAGAAGAAUUAUCGCACACGGGUUGAACUUCCCGCGGUUCUUGAGGAGGAGACUGAUUCUACAGGCAAGGACCGGCGACAUUUGCACUACUGGCACGCUGGGGGCACAGUAGCGAACCUACUGCAUAAGCCGGACGAGCGAAACCCGUUCUAUCCAUGUCAUCACCCAGGCUUGCCCUGUAACGAUGCGCAGUGUACGUGUUUCACGAACAAGGUUGCGUGCGAGAAGUCAUGUGCAUGCUCGCCUGCUUGCACUCGCAAGUUUCAGGGAUGCAACUGCGCUAAGAAGGGCAAAGUCUGCUUCAAUACCGACAGCUGCGCGUGUUUCAACCUGGGCAGAGAGUGUGAUCCAGAUCUGUGUGGCAGCUGCGGCGUCUGCGAUGUUCUGGAUCCGAAGCACAACCACGACGAUCGCAUCCUAAUCGACCGGUGUCGCAAUGCCAACAUUCAGCGUGGCCACCCGAAGCAUACCAUGAUUGGCAAGAGCGGAGUGCACGGAUUCGGACUUUACGCUUGCGAGAACAUACGCGAGCACGAGCUCAUAGGCGAAUACAAAGGCGAGCUCAUCACGGUGAAAGAAGCAGAGAGACGAGGAGCCAUCUACGAGCACCAAAGGCUCAGCUACCUCUUCACGCUCAACCAGAGUCAAGAGGUGGACAGCACAUUCUUCGGCAACAAGACGCGUUUCAUCAACCACGCCACCAAAGCCAAGUGCAACGUCUACGCGCGCAUUAUCAUGGUCAACACCGUCCACCGCAUCGGCAUGUUCGCCGAACGUGACAUCCUCGCCGGGGAAGAGUUGUACUUUGACUACGGACCACGAUUCACCUUCGCAGAAGAACAGGCAAGCCGGAAGCGCCGCGGCGGCAAAACUUCAAAUAACAGCAGCCAGAGCAAAGCAGUGCCACACGUGCGCAACGCGAACCUCACGAAGAGCUUCUACGACCCGGAAGAUGAGCGUGGCGGCCGUGCUGCCCAGAAGUCACUCGGUCGCCCACCCAGAACCGACCACGGUCGUCUGACAGCCGCGCAAUUGAGGAGGGGCAUGCCGUCUUCUUCGUCUGAUGUCGAGAUGGGCGAAGCUGAGGAUGAUGAUACGGAUGAUUAUCAGGACGAGGAUGAAGAUGAAGAUGAUUUGUAUAGUUAG